AGAAAAGGAUUUGUUUUGACAAAUUUUUUAACCAAAACGAAUUAAGAAUGAAAAAUAUGGAAUCUGGUGGAUAUAAAACAUUUUAAACAAAAUUUUGAUUUCGUUUUAACGUUUCGUUUCUUGUAAGAAUGUGACCUCAUUCAAAAUUACUGAUUAACUUAAUUAAUUGUUUUGAAACAUUGCUAAUACCGACAACUUACUACAAAUUAAACGCCUCUGAAUUGGAUGGUUUUUGUGAGAAUUCGCUUUAUUUUUGUAUGCCAAACAGUGACGUUGAUAAUUGGCAAAAAACUAUUCGAAUGAAACGAUUUUCAUAGUCGUGUUUGAAUGAUGGACACGAAUUUAUUGAGAACAGAGAAAGUAGAAAAAGAAAAAACAUGGUCACAAAUUCUCGCAAUUUUGAUUGGUACCAUAGCGGGUCUAUGUGACGGUCUUUCAUUCGCUUGGGCUUCUCCAUUUCUCAUAAAAAUCACUCAAGAUAAAGAAAACUACGAUAUAACAGAAGAUCAAGCAUCGUACUUCAACGUGAUACAACCCAUUUCCAUGAUCAUUUCCUGUCCAAUUUUUUCUAUUCUUACAGAUACUAUUGGAAGGAAACGAACUUUACUUUUAAUAGUGUUACCGCACUUUGGAAGUUGGUUGUGUGCUUGUUUAGCAAAAAGUGUUUACGUUUUUUAUAUCGGUAGAGCUUUGGCUGGACUUGCGGACGGUUGUUUAUUCGCUUCUCUACCGAUUUACGUAGGAGAAAUAGCUAGUCCUGUAGUUAGAGGUACUUGGGGAAACGCAGUAUCAUUCUCAAUAUACUCAGGAGAAUUUUUAAUUAACUUAAUAGGUAGUUAUACAGACGUAAAGACGACAUCAUAUAUUUGUCUACCAAUAUCUAUUCUAUUUUUAAUUACAUUCUAUUUUAUGCCAGAAUCACCUUAUUAUUAUAUAAAGAAAGGUGAAGAAGAAAAAGCGAAAGACACGUUGAGGUUUUUGAAACGAAUCGAUAAUAUAGAUAACGAUUAUAUGCGAUUAAAAGUUGAUGUGGAGAGACAGUUAUCAGAAUCUGCGUCUUGGAAAGAUAUGAUUAAUAUAAAGAGCAAUAGAAGAGCUCUAAUUGCUGGGAUAUUUAUACGUUUCACACAACAAUCCGCUGGAUUUAACGUAUUUUAUGUAUACACCCAAUUCAUUUUUCAAAAAGGCGGUGGUAAUAUCAGCCACGAACAAGCUUCAAUAUUAUUUUUAGGUUUAUCGUUAUUAUUAAAUAUAAUAGCUUUAACUUUUAUAGUAAAACGUUUCGGUAGAAGAUUGUGCUAUAUGAGUUCGUUAGCAGGUACCGGAUUAUUACUAUAUAUAAUGGGGACUUUUUACUAUUUAGAUGGUAGAAAAGAUAUUGAUCUAACAAAUUUUAGAUGGAUGCCUAUAGGUACUAUGAUAGGGUAUCAAAUAUUUUCGUCAUUUGGUAUAGCGUCAAUUCCGACUUUGAUGCUUGGUGAAUUAUUUUCAGCUAGCAUUAAAGCUAAGGCUAUGGCUCUGUUAUCAGUUACUUUCGGAUUAGGAGCUUUUUUUAAUAAUUAUAUUUUUUAUGCUCUCAAUAGCGCUAUCGGGUUUUAUUCUCCAUUUUAUUUUUUCGCCAUUUGUAAUACGAUAGGUGUAGUAAUGUCUUAUUAUAUUAUACCUGAAACAAAAGGUAAAACUCUUGAAGAGAUUCAACAAGCUUUAAAAAAAGGAAGCGUCUACAACUGAAAACAAUUCUUGUAUGAGUUUUUGUAAUUUGUAUUUUAAUUUUUUACUAUUGCUUCAAGCAGAUAAUUGAACAAAAUCAAUUUUGUGGUUGGUUAAUUUAAUAUUUUAUGUAUGUUUUGUACUGUACUUCAAUAAUUGAAAACUCUCUUAAAUAGAUUCAACAAGCUUUAAAAAACGGAAGCGUCUACAACUGAAAGCAAUUUUUCUAUGAGUUUUUAUAAUUUGUAUUUUAAUUUUUACUAUUGUUUCAAGCAGAUAAUUGAACAAAAUCGAUUCUGUGGUUGGUUAAUUUAAUAUUUUAUGUAUGUUUUGUACUGUACUUCAAUAAUUGAAAACUCUCUUAAAUAGAUUCAACAAGCUUUAAAAAAAAAGGAAGCGUCUACAGCUGAAAGAAAUUUUUGUAUGAGUUUUUGUAAUUUGUAUUUUAAUUUUUUACUAUUGCUUCAAGCAGAUAAUUGAACAAAAUCAAUUCUGUAGUUUUAGUUAAUAUUUUAUGUAAGUUUUAUACCAUACUUAAAUAAUUAAACUCGUAAUAUACCACCGUUGUUUAAUGACUUUCUAU